AUGACGUCAGAGCUAGUCAGACAACUAGGACCCGGAAGCUAUGAAGCUACCUCUGGAACCUUUAGCUCCUCUGUACUCCAGAGAACAAUAUUUGCCUGGAAAAGAGAGGAGGAGAUGAAGAGGAUGGCAGAAAUACCAAACCUUUGUUUAAAGGAGUCGAAGAAGAAAAAUCGCAGAUUGAUGCAAAACACAGGUCCUGGGCGCUACAACAACCUUAUGGACGAGAGACCUUACAGUGGACUUGGAACUUCUAGCACCAGAGCAACUCGAUUCCAGGAGGAAACAAAGUUUUGUUGCCCUGGGCCUGGGACUUAUGGCAACCCCUAUACGUUGCUGGAGGAGAGCGAUAGAAAGCGUGGCAGCAACAAGGGCCUAAUGGACAGUAAGACCGCAAUUCGACAGCCGCUGGCAAGCGCAGGAUCCGGUUUGGGUCCAGGUACUUAUAACAUAAAAGGUCCAAUAGAUGAAAAGCUGCAAUGUAUAGCUAAUGAGAAAAAACGCAGACCUGGAAAAGCAUUCCAUCCCAGGUGGUACCGACCACCCUUGAUUUUGGAAGGACCCGAAGAACAGCUACCUGAAGAAAAACCCAAACCAAACAGUCUUUUUAUGCCAAAAUCAUUUGUUGAUGUAUUGGAAAGCAAGAACAACAAGAGACGUGGACAAUUUGGGAAGCUUGCUCAGUAUCCUAAAGUCCCAUCAGAGAGGGUUUGCUGCAGCUCCCUCGCCCAUUGUCCCCGUUCACCGAAUUCUCCUGGCCCAGGACAUUAUGAAAUCAAGCGUCUUUUGCCACCGUUGAAAGAAUCUGCAGUUCCUUUCCAUUCUUCUGCAAAGCGAUUUGAUAGGAGAUCACAGAAAUUAUUUUGUGGAAAUAACAAUCCGGUUGGUGUCGGUCAGUAUAACCUCAUCAAACAAUGGAAGGGCAAAUCAGCUGAUUGCUACCAGUGGCCUAUUCCAUCCAAAACUGUCCAAAUUUUGCCCAAAAUCACAAGAGAAAAAACAUCACAGGGACUCUUGGAACCGAUCCGUGUAUGGACUCUUUAUUCAGACUUUCCACGAGUUGUAGAAGACUAAGAUAUCUCAUGCCAGCAUCAUCAAUUCAACAUCUAUGCUUGUUUUUUUAUUUUUCUCUUGUUAAAUACAGCAAUAAAUUAGCUCUUAGAGCACUUAAUAUCAACAUGAAAGGCAUACUCAGGUCAUGUGUCUUGGCACCUAGAUCAUCUGCCAGAAGAAUGGUGGAAAAGUAGUUAAGAAGCCUAUGGAGUUUGAAGAUG